AUGUGGCGAGAAGUUGCUACGCACCAGCAGCGGCCACCAUCUCCCCAAACCGACUCGAGUGGCUUGCUGGUGGAGAUUGGCGCCGGCUUUCUUCACAGAGACGAUGAAGAGCGUUAUCCCCUGGAAGAGGAGGGCGAUAAUGGCGCAGAUCUGCAGGAGGGCAUAGAUCCCCUCAUAGUAGGCGUUGGAGUGCGCAAGAUGGAUGGACUCGGUGGUGUCACUCCAGCACCGGAGACGCACAGAUGGUUGGGUAAUUGGUGA